AUGGAUACACUACGUACAUCUCCGGUCUCGACGAAAUUGAGUCCCUUUAUUGACCGAUAUAUUCAAAGUACCAAUCAUGAAUCUUACACUCCUAACAAAAAAACACUAAUACCAUUAUCCCCUUCCAAAAUGAAUUUAGCAUAUAGUCCACCAGUGACGCCAACAAAGAUUAAAUCAUCGAAUUUGUCCUCUCCUUUAAAAUUUCAUUCUUACGAGGAUAAGGAAAAUUCAAAAUCCUUAAGCAGAAGUCCAGUUCUGAAGAAUCUUCAUGAAUCCACUUUAAUCCAUUCACCAGAUGAGGCUACAAGGAAAACAGUAUCUACUCUGGAAGCUGUUGAUUUAGUAAAAUUUUCAAAUACUGAACUUAAGUACUAUGAAUUCCUUUGUAGAGUAGCUGAAGAGAAGAGAUGGAUUGAAAAUUUAAUUGGUCAAAGUCUUCCAUCGGAAAUUGAACUAUGUACUGGUGAUUCAUUGAGAAAUGGUGUUUAUUUAGCUCAAGUUACACAGGUAAUUAGCCCUCAAUUAGCUCCAUCCAUUUUCCCAGCUGGUAGAAAAUUGCAAUUCAAACAUACACAGAAUAUUAAUACUUUUCUGUCAUUAGUUGAUCAUGUAGGGGUACCUGAUUCCUUUAGAUUUGAAUUGCAGGAUUUAUACAACAAAAAGGACAUGCCUCGAGUUAUUGAGACAAUACAUAUUUUAAUAACAAUGAUAAAUAGAAAAUGGCCCGGUAAAACAACGAAUAUCGAAAAUUUGUCAGGUAAAGUAAGUUUUUCAAAGGAAGAAUUAAGAAAAUGUCAUAGAGAGUGGCCAAGAAUCAGAGAUUUUAAAUCUUUGGCAGCAGCUCAACUUUCAUCAUCAAAGGAUGGUCAUAGCAAAUUGUCCAGUCCAGGUCUAAUACAAGAUUUUUCUAAAUUCGACCAUUUGCAAAAAAAGAAUUCAUUAACACCACCAGUUACACCUACAAAAAAUAGAAUAUCGCAACAACAACAAAUACCAACGAAUGGUAUAAGUGAAAAUGCUAAAGAAGUGAAUCAAAAGGAAACUGAACAACAACUUACAAGUUCAAAAAUAUCUACAUUAGAAAACAACUCGAACAAAUAUUUUUCGCCUACUUUUAAAUCUGCUGAUUUGGAUACGCCUCGAUUGCAAUAUAGUCCUUUAAAAAAUACAAGCCUCUCAUACUAUUCACCUACUAUAUCUAAUUAUUUGACCUAUGAUUCAGACUUUUAUCUUAGAAGGAGUCAAAACAGGGCAACUGAUUUACAAUAUUAUGAUAAUCACGGCUAUAAUUCUCCUCAAUAUUCUCCCAAGAGAAAACAAAAAAUGACAGAGCAUGAAUUUUUAGACCAAGUCAUACAAAUUCAAAACCGUUGUAGAUCUGUGAACAUAAGAUUUGAUUUAUUUAUGCAAGAGAGAUUAUUGAAAUUAUUUGAAAGAGAUAUUGUUUCCUUCCAAGCUCAUGGAAGAGGUGCAAUUCUAAGGCGCUCAUUAAAUAUUUCAUGUAGGAAAAACCUAAAGCCUGAGAUUGAAGGCAGUAUUUCGACUCUGCAAUCAAUUAUUAAAGGAAAUAAGAUGAGAUAUAAAUAUGACAAACUGAGGAUCCAAUGUAUGAGGAAUGAGCAUAUUAUCUCCAAAUUCCAAGUCAUUGCUGCAGGUGUCCAGAUUAGAAUUAAGACAAACAGGGAACUGCAUAACGUCUCGCUCAUAAAGAAACCAUUGACACUGCUACAAUCUUAUCUCAGAGGAAUCUACAUAAGAAAUGAACUUUUUGGAUCAAAAUUCCAUGAUGAUAAUAAAAACGAAAAUUUGGUUAAACUCCAAUCCUUUAUAAAGGGUAACUUGACUAGGCAAAAUAUAAAUAUGAUAAUCGCAAGAUUGAACACUUCUGAUGUCCACAAAAUUCAAAGUAUCUUAAAUGCCUCCGUCAAACGUCAACAGGUAGAUAAUCUUUUUAAAACUCUUUCUUUGUAUGAAAAGACUAUUACGCAAUUUUCAGCUGUUAUGAGGGGAAAUCAUGUUCGUAAAUCUUUACAUUUAAUUUGCUCUGAGAAGAUAAAUAAAAGUUCAGAAAUUCCUAAAAUUCAAGGUAUAGUACGUGGUAUCCUUGUCAGAUAUACGUUAGACUUGGUGGAUAGUAUUAUUGAGGUCAACAAUAUCACUGAACUCCAGGGUUUUAUAAAAGGUUCACAAGUUCGCUUAAAGCUACACAACAGAGAAAAUUGUUUUAUUGAAAAUGAGAAAUCAAUCGUCAAAAUUCAAAGUAAGGUUAGAAAACACUUACAAAGUAUGGCAUAUCAAGAAUUGAUGGAUUUCCCAAACCCAUCACUAUGGGCGGUUAAGAAGUUUACCCAUUUAUUAAAUGAUUGUGGUACCAUUGAAGGAGUUCAAAACUCCCUCGAGACAUGUCAAGCUUCCCUGGACGCUGAAAAUCUUAGGAAACACAAUACCCAAAGAUUGUUAAGGGAACAGCUUGAGAUGCUCGAAAUUCUUGAUGGAUAUGGCCUGAAUGGAUCGAUGUCUAACACCGAUUUCCUAAGUGAUUUAAAUGCUGCCAGCUCCAAAUAUUCCAACUUUGAGGAAUUAUUCUAUUUGUUACAGGUGAACCCAUCGUAUUGGAAAAUAAUGUAUAAACAGAAUCCAGAUUUUGUUGAAAAUAAUGUUUAUCUGACUUUUACUACGCUUAAUAAGAAGAUGGGUAAGAGAGAAAAGACAUACUAUAUCAGAUUACUUUCUGAGGUACUUCAAUAUUCCAUGUCGAGUUUUAAAACUAUCUCUGAUUUCCUAGUCAGUUAUGAUCAAGGUUGGGAAACUCAGUUAAGAUUAUUCUUGCAAAGGGAAUAUAGUGAAACGGUCUCUUUGAUUGUACCUUUAAUUGACUUCGUGGAUAAUCCUAGAACAGAUUUUGAAAGUAAUCCAUACCAUAUUUAUGAAAGAUUGCAUCAUUGUCAGGUUCCAAGCGGGCUAUCUCCAAUAGAUGAUCUUGAUGUGAAAAAUGCUUUUAUUAGUAAUUUGAAAAAUAUUUGGCAUUGUGUCGAAUUGGUCGCUGACAUUUAUACUAAACAGUUUGCAAAAAUUCCUGUUGAGGUUAGAUUUAUUUGUACAAAGAUUUUUGGGUUUGCAGCUGACAAAAAUGCUGAUGAGAUAGACUCUAUAAGGUCUGUAUCAAAGGUUUUGAUCGAUUGUUUCAUAGGUGAAUACCUUGAAAACUUACACCAUUAUGGAUUUACUCAACAUGUCCCAACACAAACAAAAAGAAAGGUUGAAAUAGUUCUAGAUGCUGUUCGGACAGUUUUUGAAAUGAGAAAGUUUGACGGUUAUCUUGAUCCACUGAACCAAUAUGCAGAGGAAAUAAAGCCACAUAUUAGGAACAUCAUGUAUAAUGUGAUGAUUGAACCUGACUAUGAACAAGAAGGAGAUAGGUUGAUCUAUAAAGAUAUGGUUUCAAACCCCCCUCGUCUCGAAAUCUUGGCUGAAAAGGCGAAGGAAAUAUAUGAGAGGUUUAUCGAAUGCAGUAACUCAUUUCCAGAUAAAGAUAUAAUCCAAGAUAUCUUAAAGAUGGGCUCGAAUUGGAAAUCCUUCCCAAAGUCAGGACGUAUUUAUCUCCAAUUAAAUGCUUCUGUGUAUAGAUUCUUGGUUUCUGAUGACCAAAUGAGAAAACUUUACGAUCAAGUAAAACGGGCAAUAAUUUAUAUGACUCAAAUUGAAGAGGUUGACACUAAUCUGUAUGAUCUUGUUGUGAGCAAUAUUCUCUCAAAAGAUGAACCUUUAUUCAAGAAAUUUCUAGAAGAAAAUAAAAUUAUUCAAAGGGAUCCACUGAUUAAGAAUUUGGAUCCAUGCACAUAUUUCAAAUUAAAAAAUGUUACACUAAAGAAAAUUCAUGAUUUAGAAAGUGCAGGUGUCAUGAGUAGUACAGAUAAUAAACUUCAGAACUUAUUAAACGAUAUUGCAAAUACAAUUAAAAAUCCAAACUAUGCAAUUGAUUAUGUCACACAAGAGUUAGAUACGACGCGUAAUACAUUAAAGCAACUUUAUCAAAUGAAUCAAAACAAUGAUCAAAUACUAAAUAAUUUAAGGCAAACAGUUCAGAGUGUUAUUCGAAACUCUCAGAAGUCACAUAAUUAUCUCCCAGUCAAUAAGGGCACAUUGGGAAAUUUAAAGAGUGCAUAUAAAAAUCUGCAACACAAGAAUGGCACUGAAUUAAAUGGUUUGAAAUUUAAGUGGACCACAAGACAAUUGUACGAGAGAGGGGUAGUCACGUAUAUCGACGGAGAGAAAUUAGGUGAACAAACUAUCAAGGUAUUUGGCUCAAGUGGUCCAAAGUUUCCAGACAUUAUGUUCAAGAUGUCAACUUCGGAUGGCGCCAGAUAUGGAAUCCAAUUGAUUGACAAGAGAAAAUCAACUGAAAAUAAGCAUAACGAGGUUGUGGACUCAUUCACAUUUGUUGCUUUAAUUAAAAGUCAGGCCGGCGAAAAAGUGAAGAAAUGGAAUAUAUUAAACUCUAAAGUUACUGUUGACACCUCUAAAUUGUUGAAGUUGGUUGUUGACACGUUUCUUUCCUGA